AUGUUGCCGGUAUCUAAUUUGCUCACAGGAACCUCGAUCUGGGAAGUCACUCGACUAGGUAUGCGAAUGUGCAUAGAGCAAGGUCUACAUAGGCCCACUCUUCCAAGCCGCAAAAUAGGUUUAUUACGGGACCAACUUCAACGACGAGUCUUCUGGGAGUGUUACAUGAUUGAUCGUUAUAGUUCUAUUACAUUAACUCGUCCGUUUGCCAUCGGAGACGGACAUAUCAAAAUAGGAUUUCCAGUGGAUGCAAACGAUGAGGAAAUUGAAGCUGCAGAGGCAUCUGGUGCUUUUCCGGAUCUUGACUCUUUUGGAUCUGCGUCUUCCCUCACGGUAGGGGGGGGAAGAGCAACCGAAAUGUCUGUCUUUUUUGCUUGCCUCAGGCUCCGCCAAAUCACAUCUAAAAUUCAUACUUCUUUUGGAGAGAAGGCGAUUCGCCAAACCUUGGCGAACAGGACCACGGCUAGAGGAGUCAUCUACUCUAAUCUAGACAAACUACUCAAGGAGCUUCAACAAUGGCGCUCUUCUACUCCAUUAUUUCACUCUCCGCAAAACCUCUAUCAAAUGCAAGAGUGGUACGACCUUCUGCUACUUAGGGAGCGCUUGCUGCUGAUCAGGAAAACAAUUGAUAUUGUUCCAAAACACGGUAACAUUCCACCGCGAGAUCUCUUAUCCCUUUGUCUCGAAUGCGCUGUCGGGGCCAUAACAGGCUUCUGUCGACUAUUCGAACAAAAGAAGAUCACGUUUACACGCAGUUACUUUCAAAUGCUAUUUACCGCAGGUGUUUCCGUUAUGUUUUGCUUGUCAGUCGUGAGAGACUUUGGUCAAAGUCUCGUCCGAAACGGCACUGAUGCAGUAAUUAUGGGUGAAACCGCGUUGAAGAAAAUGAGCGAGGAGCUUCCUGAUGCAAAACGCUAUGUUGCCGUCUACGAAGCAUUGCGUCUGUACGUUAUUCGCAAAUAUAGCCGCCAGCUGCAAGUUGAAUCUACACGGAAUGCUCAUCAUACGUCUGAGAUGCAAAACGAAGUCUCUCGGUCUACGCAGUUGGCCUCUAUGUCCAACCCGAGAUUAUGGAAUGGCCAAUACAACAAUCAGAAUAAUUUUGAAGCCCCAGGGAUCUUCUCUUCGGGGGCCAAUCUAUCUCCCAGCACCCAUGCACAUUCUUCGCUUCAUGCUCCUUUCAACGAAGCUGCAUUCACCCCUGACCAGAUUACCAGUAUACAAGGCGACACGAAUGUAUCAGAAGGUUCUAUAUUAUCUUGGAAUGUAUUUGAAGAUAACGCAUUGUGGGAUAUGGAGGCUGGCUUGAAUGAGUAUGCCUAUGGAGAUCCCCCAAUCAAUUUCAACUUGGAUGAUCCAUAUGAAUUGCCCAAUCUAUGGGGAUGA